AUGGACACCUCGUACCUGUCCCAGCAGGUCACCACCAUCAUUGAGCGACUACAUGGCUUCUUCGACGAAAUUGGCGUCCCUAGUCAUGAGCGCGACUCGCGAGAGUCCGAGCUCUUCUCGGCACUCUCAGAAACCCUCCACAACCAACUCAACCUCGUCGCGAAAGAGAAACACGAUCUCACCGAAGAAGCGAAGCGCCUCAUCAAGACUAUCCGCCAGAUGGAGCGAUCGCUAGACGACACCCGCUCGAAAGACGAAUACGAGGCCGAGAAAGAUGGGCUCAAGAUCACAUACCCUCUCACGAAUUGCAUACAACGCUUGAAAGAGAAGCACCAUACCAUUGCGAAACUCCAUCGCGAGCGCUAUGAGCAGGUCAAGAAGCUUGUGGAGGCAUUGGAGUCAUACGCAUCACACCUCGAGCCUUCAUUCAUCAAGAUCAAACUUCCACCUACCAACGGCGACGUCUCGCCUUCUUUCGACCUGUCCCCAACAUACGUCAACAAGCUCGACAGCGAGUUCACGAAAGUGUACGACGAAUACAACAAACGUGUCGCGACCGUCGCACAAUGCGCUGAAGACAUCAUCAACCUCUGGUCCGAGCUGGGUACUCCACAAGCGCAAAUCGACAGUCAGAUCGUGCAGUAUGCGCGCGAAGCUCCAGAACAGUUAGGUCUGCACCAGGACGAUCUCAAGCGACUGGCAUCGAAGCGCGAUAAGCUCGUGAAUGAGAAGCAGCAGCGGGAGAGGAGGCUGAAGGAGUUGCGCGCAACUGUUGACAGUCUAUGGGAUCGUCUCGGCGUGGACGAGAGCGAGCGCAAGCAGUUCCUGGCUCAAAAUCGUGGUUGCGGCGUCAAGCAAAUCAACGAGUUUGAGGACGAGCUGGCGCGACUCAACGAGCUGAAGCGCCAGAAUCUACACAUCUUUGUGGAGGAUUGUCGUCUCAAGCUUCAAGAGCUAUGGGACAGUCUCUACUUCUCAGAAGAGGAGAUGCUCGACUUUACGCCCGCAUUUUCAGACACUUACUCGGACGCUCUCUUAUCAGCACACGAGCGAGAGAUCGCGCGGCUGGAGGCUUUGAAAGAACAACGUGCUCCUAUUCUGGCCGUCAUCGACCGGUAUCGAGGCCUCAUCAAGGACCGAGAAGACUUGGAGAAGAGCAGCCAGGAUGCAUCUCGAUUGAUGUCCAAAGGCGCCAAGGGCGAGAAGCGUGAUCCUGGAAAGCUACUUCGAGAGGAGAAGAUGCGCAAGCGCAUUACCAAAGAACUUCCCAAGAUCGAAGCAGACCUGCGCAAGACGCUCGAAGGCUGGGAGGAUGAGUAUGGACGACCAUUCCUUGUACAUGGUCAGCGCUAUCUGGACGAGCUCGACGCCAUCCAGUCCAAAGCACCUCCACCACGAAGCAAGACACCGAACGCUUUGUCCGGCACGAGAGAUGCGCCAAAGAGUGCCGGUCGUGCAACAGCGACAUCUCAGUCCCAGAGCAGAGGAGGCACGAUGCGCGGUGCGCCACCACCUAGGAGUAAGACCCCUACCGCUACUCUCGGCCGCAGUCAGAUGGGCAUGUCCACUUCAAACCUAGGUGCAUCUACCCUGGGAGCCAGCACAUCUGCAGCGAAGGGUAGCCCGUCGAAGAUUCCAGGAGCGUCACGGCUACCUAUGAGCGCGCUACGCGACGGGAACAACUCACCGGAGCGGCGAGCAAGAAGCAAGACUGCACCAAGUCAACAACCGGAGGACGAUCUGAACAGCACAGUUCGUGGAAACAUGGGCCCUCCGCGAGCACCUCCGCCCAGGAUGAAGGAUCUGUUCAUCCCUCCAACGCCAACCCCAGGCAGCAACAAGGAGAACGGCUUCGAGUUGGAGCGUCCCGGCAGCGUGCUUCGACACAUCGAGCCCGAAGAUCCAUACAAUGACAGCCGAUACCACAACAACCAGUACUCGAGCAUGCACUCAUCAGCGAGCCACUCCUCGACGAUGUCCCGCCAUCAGCACACCCGGUCCGUCGAUUCCUUCGCCUCCAACUCAUCACGGCCCAUGAGUAGAUCAGAAUACCCGGUAGCACCGCCUUUCUCACGACAGACGAGCAACACCUCUUCCGUGAUGAGCGGUUCCGCCGCUAGCGGCAGCGAGAACUGGGAGACCUACACCGACGCCUCCGACGUGGAAGAAGUCGACGCCACGGACGCCUACUACGCCAAAGUGAAGGCUCAGCAGAUGCGCAUGUCCCAAAAGCGGCCGGGAACCGCAGGCAUGCAGAUGGGUGCCGUCAAGCGAGUCCGCGAGCAGCCCAUCGUCGAGGAGGGUGUGGUGGAUGGUAGUGAGGCGGGCUGGACGGACGACGGCGAAGUCGUCGUGGAGACGUAUUGA